CUUACAUUUCUGUUAUACAUAAUAAAAUUCUUUAUAUAAUAACAAAAUAUAAUAUAACAAUAAAUUAUUUUUAUAAAAAAAAAAAAAAAACUACAUAAUAAAAAUAAAAAUGCAUUUAAGUUAAUUGAUAAAAUUUAAAAUUAAAUUUUAAAUAAUUAUUGCUUUAAAUAAUUUAAAUAUACGUGGUUGUGAUAUCUCAUUUAUUAAAAUAUUAUUUAAUUUUUAAAUUGAAUUUAUUUUAUUUUUGAACAAAAUAAUAAUAAUAUAAUAAUAAUUAUGUUUGAAUUAAGUAAAAUAUAUUUUUUAAUUAAUUUAUUUAUGUUACUUAUACUACAUUAUAAUGUAAAUCUAAGUGCUGCAGCUGUAUUUAAUAGGAAUUUAAAAUAUGAAGAUGAAAAAUAUUGGCAACAAAUUGGUAUGAAAUAUCUGAAAAAACGAAUUAAUUUAUUAGAUGGGAGUGAAAUACCCAAAGCAAAAAAUAUUAUAUUUUUUUUGGGUGAUGGCAUGGGUAUGACAACUGUAACAACAGGAAGAAUUUAUAAAGGUCAAUUAAAUGGAAAUUCUGGAGAAGAUAGUUCAUUAGUUUUUGAUGAUUUUCCAAAUACGGGAUUAGCAAAGACUUACAAUAUUGAUAAGCAAGUACCAGAUUCAGCUGGUACAGCAACUGCAAUUUUUACUGGUGUUAAAACACGUUAUGGUAUUAUUGGUAUGGAUAAUUCAACAAGUCCAUUUGAUGCAGAAACUGGUAAAUUAGAUUCAAUAAUGAAAUGGGCACAAAAUGUUAAUAAAAGUACUGGUAUUGUAACAACAACGCGUAUAACACAUGCAACUCCAGCUGCAACAUAUGCAUCAAUUUAUGAUCGUGACUGGGAAUGUGAUUCUGAAAUACCAGAUACUAGCCGUGGCAUUUACAAAGAUAUUGCUAGGCAAUUAGUUGAAAAUGAACCGGGAAUAAAUUUUAAUGUUAUAUUUGGUGGUGGCUUAAAACCAAUGGGCAAUAAAAAUAAUGAUGAAGUAGCAACUGUUACAUUUGAAGGCAAAACUGAAAAAAUAUGUGAUCGUACUGAUGGUAAAAAUUUAGUAGAAAAUUGGUUAAAUUUAACUGGAGAAAAUAGACAAUUUGUCAAAAAUCGAGAUGAAUUAAUGAAUUUAAAUAUAAAAAAUGUUAGUCACGUUUUGGGAUUAUUCCGAAAUAAUCAUAUAACAUAUUCAAUAGCAAGACAAAUUGGUGAACCUGCUUUAAGUGAAAUGGUUCAACAAGCAAUUCGUAUAUUAUCAAAAAAUGAUAACGGAUAUGUAUUAAUGGUUGAAGGUGGUCGAAUUGAUCAGGGACAUCAUCAAAAUUAUGCUCAUGCAGCAUUACAAGAGGUUGUUGAAUUUGAUAAAGCAAUAGAAAUCGCUUUAAAUAUGACGAAUCGUAAAGAUACAUUAAUAAUUGUAACAGCAGAUCAUUCACAUUCUAUGACAUUUAAUGGUUAUCCGGGACGUGGGAAUAAUAUUUUAGGUUUCGCCAAUAAAAAAAAUGUAUUUCCGUAUGAAACAAUAACAUAUGCAAAUGGUCCUGGUUUUUUUAAACAUAGAUCAUCUUUACAUACAUCAUAUUUAAACAAUACUGAAAAUAUACGAUUUAAUACAUGGAUACCAGUAGAAGAGAUUGAUUCAAAUAUAAGAAAUCAACCAACAUACAAAAAUUUAGCUGCAUUUCCUAUAAUCGAUGCAGAUGAGACCCAUGGUGGGGAAGAUGUUCCUGUAUUUGCUAUAGGACCUGGUUCAAAUCUUAUUGGUGGUGUAUUUGAACAAAAUUAUUUAGCAUAUGUUAUGAGUUAUGCUGGUUGUAUGGGACCAGCAAUGAAUUUAGAUAAAAGUUGUAUGGAAAGAAGUAGUAGUACACAAAGUAAAAGUUCUACUUUAAUAAUAAGUAGCUCAUUAUUAAGUAUAACAUUGAUAUAUAGUAUAUUAACGUUGUUUUAAGUACAACAAUGUGUAAUAAGAAAAAAUACCAAGAAAUGCUUUAAUUUUGGAUUUUUCCAAAAUAUUUAUUUUAUUUGUAAAAAUUUGAAUUUGAAUAAAAGUAUUGUAGUAAUUGAUAGGUAA